AAGAAGAGUUCCGGUGGUGUGUCAUGGCGGUGGCAUGGUGAAUCCUGCAGAAAGAGAAAAACCCUCUCCCGGCCAUCCAGGACCGACCUACAUGCAGAAGUGAUCCCGGGCUGCGGAUCGGACCGGAUCGGACCGGAUCGGACAUGGCGGCCCACAAACCGGUGGAGUGGGUCCAGGCCGUGAUCAGCAGGUUCGACGAGCAGCUCCCCAUCAAAGUGGGACACCAGAACACUCACACCAAAGUCAGCACGGAGCACAACAAGGAGUGUCUGAUCAACAUCUCCAAGUACAAGUUCUCCCUCGUCAUCAGCGGCCUCACCACCAUCCUCAAAAAUGUCAACAACAUGCGGAUAUUUGGAGAAGCUGCUGAGAAGAACCUCUACCUCUCUCAGCUCAUCAUCCUGGACACCCUGGAGAAGUGUUUGGCUGGGCAAUCUAAGGACUGUCUGCGUCUGGACGAGACGAUGCUGGUCAAACAGCUGCUUCCAGAGAUCUGUCAUUUCAUCCACACAUAUCGGGAGGGACACCAGCACGCCGCCGAGCUCCGGGUCUCCGCCUCGGCCGUCCUCUUCUCUCUGAGCUGCAACAACUUCAAUGCCGUCUUUAGCCGGAUCUCCACCAGGCUGCAGGAGCUGACCGUCUGCUCCGAGGACAACGUGGACGUUCACGACAUCGAGCUGAUGCAGUACAUAAACGUAGACUGCUCCAAGCUGAAGAGGCUGCUGCAGGAAACCGUGCUGAAGUUCAGAGCUCUGAAGAAACCUGCUCAGCUGGCCGUCAUCAACAGUCUAGAGAAGGCGUUUUGGAACUGGGUGGAGAAUUAUCCCGACGAGUUCACGAUGCUGUACCAGAGGCCGCAGGCUGACAUGGCAGAAGCUGCAGAGAAGCUGUUCGACCUGGUGGACAGCUUUGCAGAGAGCGCUAAGAGGAAGGCAGCCGUGUGGCCGCUGCAGAUCAUCCUCCUCAUCCUCUGUCCAGAGAUCACACACACCAUCUCCAAAGACACAGUGGACGACAGCAAGGCCAACAAGAAACUGUUCCUGGACAGUCUUCGUAAGGCUUUAUCGGGUCAGGGAGGAAGCAAACAGCUGAUGGAGAGCGCCGCCAUCGCCUGCGUCAAACUUUGCAAAGCCUGCACCUACAUCAACUGGGAGGACCACUCCACCAUCUUCCACCUGGUCAAGUCCAUCAUCAUGGAUCUGAAGGCUUUGCUGUUCAACCCGGCCAAACCGUUCUGGAGGGGGACAGGCAGCCAGAACGCCGACGUGGAGCUGAUGAUGGACUGCUUCGUCUCCUGUUUCCGCAUCAACCCUCACAACAACCAGCACUUUAAGGUCUGCUUGGCCUCCUCCUCCCCCUCCACCUUCCACUUUGUCCUGGUGAACUCCCUGCACAGAAUAAUCACUAAUUCUCACCUGGACUGGUGGCCAAAGAUCGACGCCGUGUACUCGUACUCCGGAGAGCUGCGCUUCAUGUUCUCAGACACCCUGAACAGAGUGAUCCAAGGAGCAGGGACGCACCCUCCUCUACGCAUGACCCCGAGUCUGACGUUUAAAGGCAAGAUGAGCACCAGCCUGAAAUUCAAAGAGAAAGCCACAGACCUGGACACGCGAAGCUACAAGUGCCUGCUGCUCGCUUUAGUCAAGCUCAUCCACGCCGACCCCAAACUCAUGCUGCACAACCCAGUGAAGCAGGCUCCAGAGAUGCAGAGCAGCACAGCGGAACUCAUCACCGGUCUCGUGCAGCUGGUUCCUCUCACCAACACCACCCAGCUAUCUCAGGAGGCCAUGGAGGCUCUGUUAGUCCUGCACCAGCCUGAGACCAUCGAGCUGUGGAACCCAGAGGCCCCCAUAGAGACGUUUUGGGACAUUAGCUCUCAGGUUCUCUUCCUGAUCUGCCGUAAACUGAUCAGUCAGCAGAUGGUCAACGGGACGGAAGUUCUGAAGUGGCUGCGGGAGAUCCUGAUCUGCAGGAACAAGUUCCUGCUGAAGAACAAGGAGUGUGCCACAAUGGGCGCGGGGAUCCCGAUCUGUCGCCAGGCUCAGACGAAGCUGGAGGUCAGUCUCUACAUGUUCCUGUGGAGUCCUGACACCGAGGCCGUGCUGGUGGCCAUGUCGUGUUUCCGUCACCUCUGCGAGGAGGCCGACAUCCGCAGCGCCGCAGACGAGGUCUCCGUCCAGACCAUCCUGCCAAACUACGCCACCUUCAGCGAGCUGGCCUCCGUCAGCAACAUGAUGGGGACAGGACGCUCCACGCUGCAGAAAAGAGUGAUGGCCUUACUGAGGAGGAUAGAGCACCCCACUCCAGGAAACAUCGAGGCCUGGGAGGACACGUAUGCUAAGUGGGACCACGUCACCAAACAGAUCCUCAACUUCCCUAAAAACAAAGCAGAGGACGGCCAGGAGUGGAUCAACAUGACGGGCUUCCUGUGCGCCCUGGGCGGCGUGUGUCUCCAGCAGCGUAGCACCCCCGGCCCCGCGACCUACAGCCCCCCCAUGGGCCCCAUGAGCGAGCGCAAACACUCCAUGAUCUCCAUGGGUCCCUGCGACGUGUCCAACCCCAUGGGCUCGUCCUGCUCCUCCUCGGCCUCCAGCGAGACGCCCGUCAGCCGAUUCAUCGACCGGCUGCUCGCCCUGCUCGUCUGCGGACACGACCGGGUCGGACUCCACGUCCGCACCAACGUCAAAGACCUUCUGGGGCUGGAGCUAAGCCCCGCCCUCUACCCCAUGCUCUUCAACAAGCUGAGGAACAGCAUCGGGAAGUUCUUUGACACGCAGGGCCCGGUUCCUAUAAACGAGACCAACACACAGUUUGUGGAGCAGACCAUCGCCAUCAUGAAGAACCUUCUGGAUAACCACACCGAGGGCAGCUCCGAGCACCUGGGACAGGCCAGCAUCGAGACCAUGAUGCUCAACCUGGUCAGGUACGUGCGGAUCCUGGGUAACGCGGUCCACGCCAUCCAGAUCAAGACCAAACUGUGUCAGCUGGUGGAGGUGAUGAUGGAACGACGAGACGACCUGUCCUUCUGCCAGGAGAUGAAGUUCAGGAACAAGAUGGUGGAGUAUCUGACCGAUUGGGUGAUGGGGACGUCUAACCAGGCGGCUGACGACGACAUCAAGUGUCUGACCAGGGACCUGGACCAGGCCAGCAUGGAGGCCGUGGUGUCUCUGUUAGCCGGUCUUCCUCUGCAGCCUGAGGAGGGCGAUGGAGUCGAACUGAUGGAGGCUAAAUCUCAGCUGUUCCUCAAGUACUUCACCCUCUUCAUGAACCUCCUGAACGACUGCAGCGAGGUGGAGGACGAGGGGCAGGCGGUGGGAGGACGUAAGCGAGGGAUGUCCCGGCGCCUGGCCUCCCUGCGUCACUGCACCGUCCUCGCCAUGUCCAACCUGCUCAACGCCAACGUGGACAGUGGCCUCAUGCACUCCAUCGGUCUGGGCUACCACAAAGACCUGCAGACCCGAGCCACCUUCAUGGAGGUCCUGACCAAGAUCCUGCAGCAGGGGACGGAGUUCGACACGCUGGCGGAGACGGUGCUGGCAGACCGCUUCGAAAGGCUGGUUGAGCUGGUGACCAUGAUGGGGGACCAGGGGGAGCUGCCCAUCGCCAUGGCGCUCGCUAACGUCGUCCCCGGGUCGCAGUGGGACGAGCUGGCGCGGGUCCUGGUGACCCUGUUUGAUUCCCGUCACCUGCUCUACCAGCUGCUGUGGAACAUGUUCUCAAAGGAGGUGGAGCUGGCCGACUCCAUGCAGACCCUGUUCAGAGGAAACAGUCUGGCCAGCAAGAUCAUGACCUUCUGUUUCAAGGUGUACGGAGCGGCCUACCUGCAGAAGCUGCUGGAGCCGCUGCUGAGAGGAGUCAUCACCACACCGGAACACAUCAGCUUCGAGGUGGACCCCACCAGGCUGGAGCAGGGGGAGAACCUGGAGGAGAACCAGAGGAACCUGCUGCAGAUCACCGAGCGCUUCUUCCAGGCCAUCAUCGGCUCGUCCAGCGAGUUCCCCCCUCAGCUACGCAGUGUCUGCCACUGUCUCUACCAGGUGGUGAGUCAGCGCUUCCCUCAGAACAGCAUCGGCGCCGUGGGCAGCGCCAUGUUCCUGAGAUUCGUCAACCCCGCCAUCGUGUCUCCGUACGAGGCCGGCAUCCUGGACAAGAAGCCGCUUCCUCGGAUCGAGCGAGGCCUGAAACUCAUGUCCAAGAUCCUGCAGAGUAUCGCCAACCACGUCCUGUUCACGAAAGAAGAACACAUGAGGCCGUUUAACGACUUCGUCAAGAGCAACUUUGACGCAGCCCGGAGGUUUUUCUUGGACAUCGCCUCCGACUCGCCGCCCAGCGACUCCGUCAACCACAGCCUGUCCUUCAUCAGCGACGGGAACGUGCUCGCUCUGCACCGCCUGCUGUGGAACAACCAGGAGCGGAUCGGACAGUACCUGUCCAGCAACAGGGACCACAAGGCCGUCGGCAGGAGACCGUUCGAUAAGAUGGCGACCCUGCUGGCCUACCUGGGACCUCCGGAGCACAAACCUGUGGCGGACACACACUGGUCCAGUCUCAACCUGACCAGCUCCAAAUUUGAGGAGUUCAUGACCAGGCAUCAGGUCCACGAGAAGGAGGAGUUUAAAGCCUUAAAGACCCUCAACAUUUUCUACCAGGCCGGAACAUCCAAGACCGGGAACCCCGUCUUCUACUACGUGGCCCGGAGGUUUAAAACGGGACAGAUAAAUGGGGACCUGCUCAUCUAUCACGUCCUCCUCACCCUCAAACCGUACUACGCCAAACCCUACGAGAUCGUGGUGGACCUCACCCACGUGGGACCCAGCAAUCGCUUCAAGACCGACUUUCUGUCCAAGUGGUUCGUGGUGUUCCCCGGCUUCGCCUACGAGAACGUGGCGGCCGUGUACGUCUACAACUGCAACACCUGGGUGAGGGAGUACACCAAGUACCACGAGCGGCUGCUGACCGGGCUGAAGGGCAGCAAACGACUCCAGUUCAUCGACUCCCCGGCCAAGCUGGCCGAGCACAUCGAGCCCGACCAGCAGAAGCUUCCUGCGGCCACGCUGACUCUGGAGGAGGACCUGAAGGUGUUCCACAAUGCCCUGAAGCUGGCCCACAAAGACACCAAGGUCUCCAUAAAGGUGGGCUCCACGGCGGUCCAGGUGACUUCAGCCGAGCGCACCCGGGUCCUCGGCCAGCCGGUCUUCCUCAACGACGUCUACUACGCCUCUGAGAUCGAAGAGAUCUGCCUGGUGGAUGAGAGCCAGUUCACCCUCACCAUGGCCAACCAGGGCACGCCGCUCACGUUCAUGCACCAGGAGUGCGACGCCAUCGUCCAGUCCAUCAUCCACAUCCGGACGCGCUGGGAGCUGUCGCAGCCCGACUCCAUCCCUCAGCACACCAAGAUCAGACCCAAAGACGUGCCCGGGACUCUGCUCAACAUUGCCCUACUGAACCUUGGCAGCUCGGACCCCAGCCUCAGGUCUGCAGCGUACAACCUGCUGUGUGCUCUGACCUGCACCUUCAACUUGAAGAUUGAGGGCCAGCUGCUGGAGACGUCCGGCCUCUGCAUCCCCGCCAACAACACGCUCUUCAUCGUCUCCAUCAGCAAGACUCUGGCUGCCAACGAGCCUCACCUGACCCUGGAGUUCCUGGAGGAGUGCAUCUCCGGCUUCAGCAAGUCCAGUAUCGAGCUGAAGCAUCUGUGUCUGGAGUACAUGACCCCCUGGCUGCUGAACCUGGUCCGCUUCUGUAAGCACAACGACGACGCCAAACGCCAGCGCGUCACCGCCAUCCUGGACAAACUCAUCACCAUGACGAUCAACGAGAAGCAGAUGUACCCGUCCAUCCAGGCGAAGAUCUGGGGCAGCCUGGGCCAGAUCACAGACCUGCUGGAUGUGGUCCUGGACAGCUUCAUCAAGACCAGCGCCACCGGAGGACUGGGAUCCAUCAAAGCUGAGGUCAUGGCUGACACCGCCGUGGCUCUGGCUUCAGGGAACGUCAAACUGGUCUCCAGUAAGGUAAUCGGUCGUAUGUGUAAGAUCAUUGAUAAGACGUGCCUGUCGCCGACGCCCACGCUGGAGCAGCACCUGAUGUGGGACGACAUCGCCAUCUUGGCCCGCUACAUGCUCAUGCUGUCCUUCAACAACUCGCUGGACGUGGCGGCUCACCUGCCGUACCUGUUCCACGUGGUGACCCUGCUGGUGGCCACCGGGCCGCUCUCCCUCAGGGCCUCCACCCACGGAUUGGUCAUCAACAUCAUCCACUCGCUGUGCACCUGCUCGCAGCUCAACUUCAGCGAGGAGACGAAGCAGGUCCUGAGGCUGAGUCUGACCGAGUUCUCGCUGCCAAAGUUUUACCUCCUGUUCGGCAUUAGCAAAGUGAAGUCUGCCGCCGUCAUCGCCUUCCGCUCCAGCUACAGAGACCGCUCCUUCUCCCCUGGGUCGUACGAGAGGGAGACGUUUGCCCUGUCGUCUCUGGAGACCGUCACAGAGGCCUUACUGGAGAUCAUGGAGGCCUGCAUGAGAGACAUCCCAGCAUGCAAGUGGUUAGACCAGUGGACUGAGCUGGCUCAGAAGUUUGCGUUCCAGUACAACCCGUCCCUGCAGCCUCGGGCUCUGGUGGUGUUCGGCUGCAUCAGUAAGAGAGUGAGCCAUGGGCAGAUCAAGCAGAUCAUCCGGAUCCUCAGCAAGGCCAGUCCUCUGCUCAGCAUCGACCGGGGUCUGGAGAGCUGUCUGAAAGGUCCGGAUAAUUACAACAGCCAGGUGUUAAUCGAGGCCACGGUGAUCGCUCUGACGAAGCUGCAGCCGCUCCUCAGCAAGGAGUCUCCCAUGCACAAAGCUCUGUUCUGGGUGGCGGUGGCGGUGCUGCAGCUGGAUGAGGUGAACCUGUACUCUGCAGGGACGGCGCUGCUGGAGCAGAACCUGCACACUCUGGACACCAUGAGGGUCUUUAACGACAAGAGUCCGGAGGAGGUGUUCAUGGAGAUCCGGCGCCCUCUGGAGUGGCACUGUAAACAGAUGGAUCACUUUGUGGGCCUCAACUUCAGCGCCAACUUCAACUUCGCUCUGGUGGGACACCUGCUCAAAGGAUACAGACACCCGUCGGCCACCACCGUAGCGAGGACGGUGAGGAUCCUGCACACUCUGCUCGCUCUCAUCAGCAAACAUCUCAAGUGUGACAAGUUUGAGGUGAACACGCACAGCGUGGCGUACCUGGCAGCUCUGCUUACCGUGUCAGAGGAAGUCCGGAGCCGCUGCAGCCUCAAACACAGGAAGUCUCUGCUGAUCUCUGACCUUUCCAUGGACCCCGUACCCAUGGACACAUACUCCAGUCACAUCACUGACCCCAGCUGCAGGACUCUGCGAGAGACUCAGCCGUGGACGUCUCCUCAGGUUUCUGAGCGCUACCUGUCGGCCCAUCACUACCCCACCGUGGGUCAGAUCAGCCCCCGCACACGCAAGUCCAUGAGCCUGGACAUGGGCCAGCCGUCACAGGCCAACACCAAGAAGCUCCUGGGCACCAGGAAGAGCUUCGACCACCUCAUUUCAGACUCUAAAGCACCAAAGAGACCAGAGAUGGAGUCCGGGAUGACCACGCCUCCCAAGAUGAGGCGUGUUGCAGAGAACGACUACGAGAUCGAGACGCAGAGGAUCGGGAACUCCCACCUGCGUAAGGUGUCCGUGUCUGAGUCCAACGUGCUGCUGGACGAGGAGGUCCUGACCGACCCGAAGAUCCAGGCUCUGCUGCUCACUGUGCUGGCCACGCAGGUCAAAUACACCACGGACGACUUCGACCAAAGGAUCCUCUACGAGUACUUGGCUGAGGCCAGCGUCGUCUUCCCAAAGGUGUUCCCCGUCGUACACAACCUGCUGGACUCAAAGAUCAACACUGUGCUGUCCAUGUGUCAGGACACUAACCUGCUGAACCCGGUGCACGGCAUCGUACAGAGCGUGGUGUACCACGAGGAGUCGCCGCCUCAGUACCAGCCCUCCUACCUGCAGAGCUUCGGCUUUAACGGGCUCUGGAGGUUUGCCGGACCGUUCUCGAAGCAAACUCAGAUCCCGGACUACGCCGAGCUGAUCGUGAAGUUCCUGGAGGCGUUGAUCGACAGCUACCUGCCGGCGGCUGACGAAGAGCGAGGGGAGGAGCAGCUGAGGACGCCCACCUCCCCGUACCCCCCCACCUCCCAGAGCCAGCUCAGCAUCACUGCCAACCUCAACCUGUCCAACUCCAUGACCUCACUGGCCACCUCGCAGCACUCGCCAGGUGUGGAUAAGGAGAACGUCCAGCUCUCGCCCAGCUCCGCUCUGUCCAGUGGGGGGCGCACUCGUCACGGCUCAGCCAGUCAGGUCCAGAAGCAGCGCAGCGCCGGCAGCUUCAAGAGACCCAGUAUCAAGAAGAUCGUCUGAACAGGCGGAGAACACCUGCACCACUCUCCUCUUCCUCCUCCUGUCCGCCCCUCCCCCUGCCUGCCGGGCCUCACGCUGCACUCCACCUUCUUCUUCUCCUUCUAUUCUUCUUCUUCUCCUUCUAUUCUUCUUUUUCUUCUUCUUCUUCUUCUUCUUCUUCUUCUUCUUCUUCUUCUUCUGGUCGUUGCUGUGGCAGGAGUGACUUUGCAUCGAGGAGGAGCAUCCCAAAGGGCAGACCUGAGUUUAGAGCUGCUCAGCUUCGAGUGGGCUCACGUGGACGAGGAGUUCUUCUUCUGUGGUGUCUGGAGGUCGUGUGAGCUAUUCUCCAGACGCUGGAGGACGAAGGCCACACCGACAAACACUAACAGUCUGCAGGAGGAGACCUGUGGCCGGUCUCUGAGCCCUCCUCUAACACUCCUGACACUCUGACGGAGGCCAGGUGGGGACGUGGCCUCUGGGACAUGCUGGCCCCUCCCCCUUGGCCCUGUACAUAUUUACAUAGACAGAUUGUGUAUAAGUCGUCCUUAGUGCUGAUCGAUGUUGCCGUUCUCUCCAUGGUGUGCCUUUGUCAGGGUUUUUUAAUGUGUACGAUUUGUAAAGGUGACCCAGCCGGGGGACGAAGAACAGGUACUAAUUAUGGAGGCGAGCCGUUCAUAUCACCACGAGUCCGACACGAGCUGCCUCGCCCGCGGCCUCCAAUGAUCGUCAGAUAUACAAUCAUCCAUAUACCCUGAUGCCUGAGAGUAUUUAUCCUGUACAGCUAGAUACAGCCUCCCUUCUCCUCCUUCUUCUUCUUCUCUUCCCAUCUCGUUCGUCCACGCCCUGAACACCAGGGGAACCACGCAGCAGCCGCCGCCGCCGUGUACAUAGCUCCACGCUCUCUCUCUCUCUCUCUCUCUCUCUCUCUCUCUCUCUCUCUCUCUCUCUCUCUCUCCCUCUCUCUCCGUCCGUCUCUGUGUGUUUGCUUUUAUCUCUCUUUUUAUUUUUAAUCCUGAUCCGUGCGUUUUAAUUUGUUAACUCAGCAACGAGGAAAAGUGUGGAAUAGGCAAUAAUCCUCUGCUCACGAUCAUCCCGUCACUCAUUGAUUUUAUUCAUGCACGAACGUUCACAGCUCUGUCGGCUCGAUGCUGGACGAGGAACGAACUCCUGAUCUGAUCGAUCCGAUGGAUCUCAGAGCUCUGUCUGUUUCUCCUGCAGCGUCUGAGCUACGAGCGGCUCAGACUCUCUGAGGAAACACCCUGCAGAUUAAAAACAAACCAUCAGGACUGAGAUCAUCCAACUCAGAGAUCAACACUCAGAGACACUUCUGUGUCUGAACAUUAAAGUUCAUCCUUUCACUCUCCUCUCAGACUCUGCAGGUCGUGUUUUGAUCUGUUGGUAGUAGAUCACAGCGUCCUGUAG